AUGGAAAUCAAAGCAGCUGCAGCAAAAGUGAUCCACAGUCUCACGCCAUCAGUACCUCCACUAAAGGCGAAAUGGCAACGAAUAGACUCCGUCGGUCUCCCUCGGUCCUCCCAUUCUCUCUCCGUGGUCGCAGGACGAGCAUACAUAUUCGGCGGCGAAACUAAACCACGAGAGCCGGUUGACAAUGACAUGCACGUUAUCACAUUGCCCUCUGGGACCGUCACAUCGGCGGAUUACCGUUCGAUACCAGCACGACCCGAAACCGCUGGCGGGGAAGUACCAGAAAAGAGAGUAGGGCAUACAUCUGCAAUUAUUGGGGAACGGAUAUUCAUAUUUGGCGGCAGAGGAAGAACGGAUAUGGAGCCAUUGGAGGAAAACGGGAGGGUGUGGAUUUACGAUACGAGACGUGAUGCUUGGACAUAUCUCGACCCGGUAGAGGGAACUCCCUAUCCUGAAGCUCGCUCCUAUCAUGCGAGCGUCGCAAUCCAGAAACCCAAACCCGAUAAUAUGAAAAGUGUAUUUAUCGACCAAGGACUGGAGACCCCUCCACCGGGAACUAUUGCCGAAGGCGCGAAGACAGAUGAAGAUUUGGGUGGCUACGGGACGCUCUUCAUACAUGCAGGAUGUCUUAGUAGCGGGAGGGUAAAUGAUCUAUGGGGGUUUGAUGUCAUGAGUCGAACCUGGAAGCAAUAUCCCGAUGCCCCCGGAAACCCGAGGGGCGGCACUUCGAUCGCGGUCUCGAAGCAGAGGAUAUUCCGAUACGGAGGAUUCAAUGACGAAGGAGAACAGGGUGGCAAGCUGGAUUUCUUGGAGCUUGAACUCCAGACAUUUACCGACAAAGGGGGGGUUGGUGAACUAGGGUUGAGCGCAAGAGGUGGGUGGACCACGUUGGAUUUCAAGGAGGAGAAUAUGCAUUGCCCUGGAAAUCGGAGUGUAGCUGGUCUACAGACGAUUAAUACCGGUAUGGGGCGAGAAUAUCUGAUUCUGAUGUUUGGUGAAAGGGAUCCAAGUACCCAGGGGCAUGAGGGCGCGGGCAAAUUUUGGAAUGAUGUUUGGGCCUUCCAAUGUCCACCUCUAGGCAUGACCGCUGCCAGCCUUACAGACGCGACUUUACAGGCGUUGGGAAGGGAGACUGGCGAAGGGCUUUGGAGCCAGGUAGAUAUAUCGGAUGCUGAAGGCGUUGAAGGCGAGGAGGUGCAUAACCUAGUACCCAGGGAGAGAGGCUGGUUUGCCAGCUCGAGUCUGGGGGAUAUGGAUGCGGGUGGGGUCGUUCUUUGGGGAGGUUUGAAUGGCAAAAAUGAACGCGAAGAUAAUGGUUGGAUCUUGACAUUUGAAUAA